AUUCAUGAAGCUUUUGUCUUUUCCAUUUGUCAGUAUUUUACUAUAAAAUAUCUUUUUUUUUUUAGCAAAGUAAGUAGAUCCGAUUUCUAGGAGAAGAAUGAAGAUACGCUUACAAUUCUACAAGUACAGCGAUCGUAUUUUUGGAGAAUGUGUGUGUGAUUAUCGUAAAGUGCGUUUGACAUGAAACUGUGAGCUUGGCAUGUGAACGGACAGUAAACGUAAUAAUAACGAUAAUAUUAUUGGCAAAAUUAUUGUUAUUCGACAACGAUAUCGAUAUUGUUAGAAAAUCAUUUUUAUCAUCUAAAAUAUGAGCGUCGAGGAGAGACUUGUCACUGAGGUACCUAGUAGCUUGAAGAAACUGGCACGCCUUGUUGUACGUGGGUUUUAUUCGAUUGAAGAUGCUUUAAUUGUGGAUAUGCUAGUCAGAAAUCCAUGUAUGAAAGAAGAUGACAUUUGUGAAUUGCUUAAGUUUGAACGCAAAAUGUUAAGAGCUAGGAUAUCCACAUUGCGAAAUGAUAAGUUCAUUCAAGUGAGAUUGAAAAUGGAGACAGGAUCAGAUGGCAAAGCACAGAAAGUCAACUAUUACUUUAUUAAUUAUAAAACGUUUGUAAAUGUGGUGAAGUAUAAACUCGAUUUAAUGAGAAAGAGAAUGGAAACCGAGGAGAGAGAUGCAACCAGUAGAGCCAGCUUUAAGUGUCCAAGUUGUUUAAAGACAUUUACUGAUCUUGAGGCGGAUCAACUUUUCGACAUGAGAACCGGCGAGUUUAGAUGUACAUAUUGUCGAGAGAUAGUGGAAGAAGAUCAGUCUGCUCUUCCAAAGAAAGAUUCCAGAUUAUUAUUAGCAAAGUUUAAUGAACAGUUGGAGCCUCUCUAUAUAUUAUUAAGGGAAGUAGAAGGGAUCAAAUUGGCGCCUGAAAUACUGGAACCAGAACCCAUUGAUAUCAAUACUAUUCGAGGUAUCGACACAAGAAAACCGAGCAGUCUUAGAGCACCUAGCGAACAGUGGUCGGGUGAAGCUACUAGAAUGACCGGCUUCAUAGUGGAGGAUACUAGAGUAGAUGUUACUAUUGGAGACGAAUCUCCCGAUGACGCGUUAAAUCACAGAAAGGAGAGACCCAUAUGGAUGAUGGAAAGUACAGUUAUGAAUUCCGAUGGUUCACAGCCUGACGGCGUGAACGCGCAAGAUAGCAUAUUGGACAAAGCUGCAGCCACUGCCACAAACAUGACUACGACGAAUAAUUCUAUCAAAGCAGCGCUUCCACAGGAAUCCAGCGACAGUAGCGAUAACGAGGAGGAGGAAAUGCAGGCAGUUGAUACCGGCGAGAUAGAGGCAAUGGAUUCCGAGGACGAUGAACUAGUACCGACCGUCAGUGUCGGCGGCAAAACCGUCGCGAUCACCGACGUUAACGACACCUUAAUUGCGGAAAUGACGCCCAUAGAAAAGGAGUCUUAUAUCCAGACGUAUCAGGAAUAUUAUUCGCAUAUGUACGACUAGGCGAAGAACAACGAGAGUCGUCUUCAUAAUGCUCUGCAUAAGACUGAUAUUGAUUUGGUAUCGUUGUUCUCUGUAAUAUUUUGUAUAGCCACAAAAUAUAUAUAAUUUUCGAUAAUGAUGCGAUGAUCUUUCAUAGUGACGUAGCAAUCCUGACAGGAUCGUCCUGUAUGUAUUUCUCUAUAUCGAUAAUAGCAGGUGCAUGUAUUUGCUGUAACAUCUAAAGGAUUUGAAAAAUUGAUUUGAAUAGAGAAAAGAUAAAGGUGCGUUUUUUUUACAGUUUCAUAUGUAUUUUCUAAUGUAAUUGCAACUGAAUAGUAUCGUCAAUUAACAGUUCAUUGUUAAUAAAUAAAUAAUUGAAUGUGUGGAAUAUCGUAAAACAUAAGAAAUUAAUUGGGACGAAUAAUAUACCAUGUCACUUCUGGUAAAACGGGAAAUUCUUAAAUUUAACCAUACAAUUAUUAAGCUUACUUGACAUUCUUUUUUUUUGUUCAUCUUGCAAUGAAUUUCUGUCCAACCACCACCAUUGCACAGAAAUUCCAAGACGAUUUUUUUAUAUUUAGUUAUCUUUUCGCUUUUUUUAUAUUUUAAAAAUUUUUUUCUUUAGUAA